AUGUUGAAGAACGCACAAGACAUGCAGGACAGAAGGGGGAUGGAUCCCUUCUACAAACACAUACACACGAGACCCCCUAGAUCUCAAUCCUCACCUCAAGGAAUUUUUCUAUCCAGUUCUUUCGGGUGCAGCUACUGCUCGGCCCACUGCGCGGGGCUGGGCACCAUCCGGCAGGGCCACGACGUCUUCCUCACGAAGAAUGCUCAGGCCAUGAUGCCCGUGCCAGGCCCCGGGGUCUUCAACCCCAAAGAGCUGGCGGUCAUCAACAUCGGCAAGAAGCUGGGGGCGGUGCCGAACGAGGUUACGUCCGACGACAUCCAAAGCAUGGCACGAGCGUUGACCUCAGAAGAACAGGAGUGCGUUAUCAACGCCAUGGUUCUCAUGGGUUUCCUCAACCGUUUCAUGUUAAUGAUGACCAACGAUUGCUUUUGUUCACGAAUGGAUGAAUCCCCAAGGGGCACGUUCGGCAUGACGCUGGAGCUGGAGCCGCUAGAGACGGGGAACAAACACCUGGCGGAGAGCGGCUGGACGGCUGGGAUAUCGUUCGAUCCGGAGGGAGACGAGGAGCUCAUGGAGGAGGACCGUGCCAUGGCUGAAAGGCGGGAGGAGCGGAAGAAGCAGGCUUGUGGAGGCUUCACCUUCCUGAAAAUGCUGGUUGGCGCGAAGAUGGCCGACAGCGCCAGCCUCAAGGGAACCCCCACCUCGGAGAAGAAUGUCAAGCAGCUCUGCACCGAACGCGCGGGCUUCGCGCCCUACUACCUCGUCGGCGAAGAGAAGAGCAAGAUGGCCAACGCCAGGAACGCUCUCGUGUGGGCCUUCACGCGGCGUCUGUGCCAGGGGUCCGAGGAAGUGCCCGCCGCCACCAAGCAGACGAUGGGCUACAUGCUUGCCACAUCCGCGGACAACACCAUCCUCCGGGCGCACUUCGCCUUCAUGGCGCACCGGAACGGCGUGUCCGUGAGCAACUUGGCCAGCGCUACUGCUGAGGGAGGCGACACCGACGGAGGAGAGGACCUGAAGAAGGCGGCGGCGUUGUCGAUGGCGAGGGCAUGCGGCGGGACGCCGGGGCCGUUGCCGCGGGAGCUGGUGGCCCUGCUGAUGCGGCAGUACACGCCGGCGGGCGUGAUCGAGCUCGUCAACACGCUGUCUCUUGUCAGCAUGCUGCAGCGCUGGACCUCGAUCUACAUGCCCAAGCAGUAA